CCGGCUGCCAGGAAUCCCUUGUGUUGGCACAGUGGUGAAGGCCAGAGAAAGGCGGAGACCGCGGACGGCCCACCCGCCCGGGACAGCAGCUUCUCCCUCUUGCUGUCCUUGGGAGGACUUGGGGGUGCCAUGGUGGUGCUGCACAGCUCAGAGCAGGGGAAGGCCGGGGUAGGUGUGCCGCUGGAGCCCUUCCUGCACCAGGUCGGGGGCCACCUGAGCGUGCUACAGUAUGACGCCUACACCGUCUGCAAGCCCCUUGUAUCCCAGGAACAGAAAUUCUACGAGUCUCUGCCACUAGCCAUGAGGUGCUUCACCCCACAGUACAAAGGUACCAUCACAGUGCAUCUCCGGAGAGACAGCAGAGGCCAUCUCGGCCUGGUUGCCAACCCGCUGAAGGAGAACCUGGAGCCUUUCCAGGUCUCUUCGGAGUCCAGAGCGGUAGCUCUCUGGCAGACACUUCAGCAGACCGCCAGCAGCGAGAGCAGCCCCCGCCCCCUCGCCCAGCUGGCUUGCUCACUGAAGGAGAGUGCAGCCAAGGUGCUUCUGAGGUCCGACUGCCACCUCAGUACCCAGGCCUCCCCACUGGUGGAAAGUGCAGAAGGGAGCCAGGUGGAGAGAAUGGGUUUUAACCCAUGGGGCCUGCACUGUCACCAAGCCCACAUGACCCGUCUGUGCUCCCAGUACCCAGAGGACAAGCGGCACCGGUUCUUGCUGUUGGAAAACGUGGUGUCGCAGUACAAGCAGCCCUGCAUCUUGGAUCUGAAGAUGGGCACCCGGCAGCACGGGGACGAUGCGUCAGAGGAGAAGAAGGCCCGUCACAUGAAGAAGUGCGAACAGAGUACGUCGGCCUGCCUGGGUGUGCGCAUCUGUGGCAUGCAGGUUUAUCAAGCCGAUAAGAAGAGCUUUCUCUGCAAAGAUAAGUACUAUGGGAGGAAGCUCUCAGUGGAGGGAUUCAGGCAGGCCCUAUCCCAGUUCCUCCACGACGGGAUCCGCCUCCGCACCGAGCUCCUGGAGCCCAUCCUGUGCAGGCUGCAGGCGCUGCUCACUGUCAUCAGGGGCCAGAGCUCCUACCGCUUCUACUCCAGCUCCCUCCUCAUAAUCUAUGAUGGGGAGCCUCCCCAGACCAGCCAAGACAGCACUUCCGGCGACCCUGCCAAAGUCGAUGUCCGCAUGAUUGACUUCGCGCACACGACGUACAAGGGCUCCCGGAAUGAGCACACCUCCUACGAGGGACCAGAUCCUGGCUAUAUUUUUGGCCUGGAAAACCUCAUUGGGAUUCUGCAGAACAUCCAAGAGGGCGAAUGAGGCUUCUUGGAACUUUCUGGGAUUUUUUUUUUUCAGGGCUGCAGAUUUUUGCCAAGGGACCCAAGCAAAGGUAGUCUAGAGUCCCCCGUAGAUGUCCUUGUAAUAACCGUAUCUACCUUCAAAAGCCAUCUCCACGCGUGGCAGGCGAUGUUGACAAUUAUUACAGAAAUCUGCAUGGCAGCCACCCCCUCCCCCACCACCACUGGGCAGCCUUCGAAGUGCAGCAACUCUUGGAGUGUGUGGCCAAAAUGGCACCAUCUCACAUGCACAGGAGGGUGUGACCUGGGUCAGAGGCCGGUGGGGUGCUGCAGGGUGCCUGCAUUCCAGGCCGCUUCUUUGCUGUCGGGCCGCGUCCUCGACCCCCAAAACCCCCACGAGGGAGAAGACUGGAGGAGGCCUUGAACAAUACUCUGCCUGUGUGGAUUUCUGCCUUCCCAGGCAGACAGAGCUAACGCCUCCCCCAGCCUAGGUCACAGGUGGGACAGGGAUGAGUGACCCCGAGCUAACUGUGAGGGGAAGGGUCUCUGCAGCCUCGUGGAAGAGGCCAGUCUUCCACACUGUGACCACGUGAUGUCCCUGACCUGGAGCCGCAGCUUCCAGAGGAGGCAGAGCGCACUCACAGAGGCGCCAAUAGUGUUCGCCUGUAUUCUCUGUUUCUGUUUAUUUAUUAUUUUGGGUGCACGUUGGGGUGGGGGGUGUUGGAACCCAAACCAGGAACCCAGGAUGAUGUUUACAAGUGUGGUGGACGCAAGCAAAUAGAAAACCAGAGCAAACGGGUCUAAUGAAUUCCUUCUUCUGCAGCACUGAAACUUAUUACAAUGCCCUGGAGCCCAGCGCUGCGCUGCGCUCCCCAAUUAGGGAAAUAAAUUUGUUAAUAAA